AUGCGCGAAAGGGUAUUGCUGAUUCUUUUACAAGGUCAACCAAAAGCCGAUGCAGAUGCCAACGCUAGGUUCCUGGCUGACCUACGGACGACGGACCCACGCGACGAUAAAAGCCGAAUAGAACGGACCAAGGGUGGUCUGCUACGCGAUUCUUACAUUUGGGUCCUCAACAACAACGCUUUCCAAAAAUGGCGAGACAGCGAGGACGAUCGACUAGUUUGGAUCAAAGGCGAUGCUGGCAAGGGUAAAACCAUGUUGCUAUGCGGAAUCAUCGAUGAAUUGCAAAAGUCAAUUCCCAGCGCCACUUUAUUAUCCUUUGCAUUUUGUCAAGCUACAGAUGUGCGGCUUAAUAGUGCUAUGGCCGUUCUCCGUAGCCUUCUCUACCUUUUGCUGGUCCAAAACCCGAAAAUAAUCGGAAACGUACGCGAGCAGUACGACCAUGCGGGACAAAGCCUGUUUAACGACGUCAACAGCUGGGAUGCGCUAUACAGGAUGCUUAUGAACAUUCUCCAGAGCCUGGGAUCGCAGAACACAUAUUUAGUCAUUGAUGCGCUCGACGAAUGUGAGACAGAUCUUGAGCGGCUUGUGGACCUUGUGGUUCACAUCACGUCAUCAUGCAAUGCAAAGUUAGUCGUCUCCAGCCGAAACUGGCUGAAUAUUGAGGAGAUGCUGUCCAUCGCCCCGCAACAGAUUCCGCUGUGCUUAGAGCUGAACCAGAAUUCCAUCUCUGCUGCCGUUAGCACGUAUAUCUCAUAUAAAGUGGAUCAGCUCAACCGACUAAAGAAAUAUGACAAUGAAACGCGGAACGCUGUUCAACAACACCUCGAAACAAACUCAAAUGACACUUUCCUUUGGGUAGCAUUAGUCUGCCAGCAACUAGCGGAUCCGAGAGUUCGGAAAUGGCACACGCGGGAGAAAUUGAAACUAUUCCCUCCGAAACUAUAUCCAUUAUACAAGCGAAUGAUGGACCAAGUGUUGAAUCCGGACAACCAGCCAACAGAUGCGAAUCUCUGCCGUCAGGUUCUCGGGAUCAUGUCCAUUACUUAUCGCCCUCUUUCCUUAGAGGAACUUAUAUCUUUGGUUGAAAUGCCACAUAACUUAUCUACAAAUCUCGACUUCUUGCAAGAGAUUGUUCAGCUCUGUGGUUCUUUCCUGACUUUAAGAGAGAGGACCGUCUCAUUUGUACACCAGUCGGCAAAGGACUUUCUGUUAGAGAAGGAACGUCACAACAUCCUCCCUUCGGGUUUCGCUGAGCAUCAUCAUGCUGUAGCCACAAGUGGAUACGCUAUAGAGGAUGUGGAAACCCCUCAUCCUGAUCCACUGGCGCCAACACGGUAUGCCUGCAUAUAUUGGGUAAAUCAUCUUAUAGUCAGCUAUGUUAAUAUGGUGACGCUGCUUCCCGCACACACAGAGGAUGGUGAUAAGCUGCAUUCAUUCCUUACAAAACACUACCUGCACUGGCUAGAGGCUAUGAGCUUGCUACGAAGUGUACCGGAAGGCAUCGGUUCUCUGUUUGAUUUACUCUCGCUCGUCCAAGCAAAAGAAGACAUGUCUGAGCUCAUACCUUUGGUCUGGGAUGCCUGGCGAUUUGUGAAGGCACAUAAAUUAGGCAUCGAAAAGAGCCCGCUCCAAGUAUAUAGCUCUGCCCUCAUACUCAGUCCAGCGAAAAGCGUUAUGAGACAGCUUUAUCAUCAAGAGGAGCUGGCCAUGAUGAACAAACCUUCAAUGAAGGACCACUGGGAUUUGUGUCUUCAGACGCUUGAGGGUCAUCAAUAUCAUGUCAACUCGAUAGCAAUAUUCGGCACGCUACUAGCGUCAGUGUCUGAUGAUGGCACUAUGAAAUUGUGGAAUAUAGUAUCAGGCCAGUGUUUGCGGACAAUUGAGCGCCGAGUCAGUAAUUAUGAAUCGGAUGUGGUCUCAGACGGUCGGCAAUUGUGGGCAUCGUGCGAUGAUACCAUCGAGGUAUGGGAUGUAACAUCAGGCCAGUAUAUAAUGACUCUCAACGGCCAUAGCGAUGUUGUCACGUCAUUAGCACUUUUAGGAGAACAGUUAGCGUCAGGAUCUUCUGAUAAGACUGUCAAGAUCUGGAAUGCAGCAUCGGGACAGCAUCUAAUGACCCUUCAGGGCCAUACCGAUGACGUUACGUCAUUGGCCUUUGUAGGAUCACAGUUAGCGUCAGGGUCUUCUGAUAAAACUAUCAAGCUCUGGGACGCAGUAUCGGGCGAGCACAUUAUGACCAUCGAAGGCCACAGUACUGGCAUUAUGUCAAUAGCGCUCUCACGGACUCAGUUGGCGUCAGCAUCCACCAAGACUACCAUUGAGAUCUGGGAUGCAGUGUCGGGUCAGCAUAUAACGAGCCUCAAGGGCCACAAAAGAACGGUUAAUGCUUUGGCAUUUCUAGAAAACCUGCUUGCAUCAGGAUCUUAUGAUUCCACUAUCAAAGUUUGGAAUACAAUAUCAGGACAGUGUCUGCAGACCCUUGAGGGCCACAGAAUGACAGUGUCAUCAGUGGCUUUUGUAGGAGAUGGGAUCCAGAUAGCAUCAGCAAGCUACGAUGGGACAAUUAAGUUGUGGGAUGUUUCGUCUGAACAUAACUACCGGAAGCUCAAAAGACAUGGCAAAGACAUGGAGUCGUCAGAAAUUCAAGACAUGCAGCAAUCUACAUCCCAUGAAAAGGUUACUAAGAGGUGGGGUUUAUCACUAGACCAGUGUUGUAACAACUUCGAGGGCCAUGGUGACUGGAUUAACCAGCUAUCAUUCUCAAGAGAUGGUACAUAUCUAGCGUCGCAAAGCAACCAUACUAUUAAGAUUUGGGAUGUAGCUUCCGGCAGAUGUCUUAAAACACUGGAGGAAUACAGAAUCUGGAUGGAUCCCUUGGAGUUCUCGGAUGACAACAUAUAUCUCGCAUCAAUAUCAGAUAAUGCUGUUAAGAUUUGGGAUCUAGCCUUCGGCCAGCACCUUCACAUGCUUCAGGGCCACUCCGACGGCAUCAACUCAGUAACAUUCUUGAGCGAUUGUACGCGGCUAGCCUCAGGAUCUUAUGAUAGAACUAUCAAGAUAUGGGAUCUCGUCUCCGGCCAAUGCCUUCAAACGCUUCAGGGUCAUGUCGACAGCGUCAGCUCAGUAACAUUCUUGAGCGAUAGCACGCGGCUAGCCUCAGGGUCCAAAGAUUGCACUAUUAAGAUAUGGGGUCUAAGUUCCGGACAUUGUCUUCAGACACUUGUGGGUCAUGGCGGCAACAUCUUAUCAGUUUGCUACAUUGGCGACAGUGGAAUGCUAGCUUCGCUGUCUCAAGAUCAAACUAUCAGAAUUUGGGACACAGUAACUGGUAAAUGUCUUACAAAAUUUGACACUGGAAGUGCCAUCAGGCAGCUUUUCUAUUUCAAAAGCAGCAAUGCCCUCCAAACUGAACUUGGAAUUAUAAACCUUGAUGGGUUGCUAUCAAAUAAUAGCGAAGCAUCAUCCGAUGCUGCCAAUAAAUCUAGCUUUCAAGGUUAUGGCAUUGCUGCAACAUGGGACUGGAUUAUUAAAGACUCUAAAAACUUUCUAUGGUUACCGACAGAGUACCGCCCAAGUGAACUAGUUGUAAUGGGGUCAACAGUGGCUAUUGGUUGCGUUUCAGGACGGGUUCUGAUAUUUCGUUUUUAG